AUGAGGGAGGAAGCCGAACGAGAGGAGCGGGAGCUCGAGCGGGCGCGAGAGGAGCGAAGGCUGGCCAGGCGCCAGAAAGCGCUCGAGGAGCGUAAGGCCGGGCGCGAACAGCUCAAGACGGGGCAGGCCAAGGGGCGACCCAGGGCAGUCGGAAGCGAUGGAAAACGACGUUCAACGCAGAACGACGAAGAGGAAGAGGAAGGCGAAGGCCGCGCUGAAGAGGAAGAAGCCAAGAAAAAGGUGGGAAAGAAGGGAUCUACGCAGGACAGACGGAAGGUCGAGGAUGACGAAGAGGAGGAGGAGGAGGAAGGCACCAGGAAAAAGGCGAAAAAGGAAACGAAUCAGGCAAGGAGAAAGGAGAAGGAAGACGAGGAAGAGGAGGAGGAAGAAGAUGACGACGAGGAGGACGAGGAGGACGAGGAGGACGAAGGCGCCAAGAAAAAGGGGAAGAAGGAAACGACGCAGGCAAGACGAAAGGAGAAGGAAGAUGAGGAGGAAGACGAGGAAGACGAGGAAAAGGAAGAAGACGACGACGAGGAAGAGGAAGAGGAUGGACAAGAUAAGGAUUUCUCGGAGCAGGAAGAACUGCGCAACGACGAUGCGAUGGACGAAGAAGCAGAGGAGGAUCCAGUGAAGCUGAGCGAUGAGGACGAGGAGAUUGUUCGCAAAGCGGCCAAGGCGGAAUCGCCAUUCAAGGUGCCCUCGUCGAAGUCUAGCGUUGUGGACCUUACUGGUGGUGAUGAUGAUGAGGAUUUCGAGAUGAGCCCGAUCAAGCGCUCGGCCACGCGCUCCUCCAAUCUGCGGGAGUUCUUCGGGGUGAAGGAGAGAAGCCCGAAGCCCGUGAAGAGGAGGCGCGGGCGGCCAAGGAAGAAGCGCGAUGAUGACGAUGACUUCCACUUGAUCGAUGACGACGAGCUUGGCAGCGACGGUGAAGAUGAAGAUGAGGAAGAGCCCGUCGUCAGGAAGAGGAACGACUCACUCCUUGAUGACUCGCAAACCGAGGAGCCGAUGACGUCCUUCUUCCUCAACCAAGAUCGUUACGACGCGUCGCAGGGCGAGGACUCGCCCGCGCCCGCGCCUCCUCCGCGGAGGGGCAGGCAGCUCACUGCAAUGGAGCGCAAGGCCGAAAUUGCCAAGCAGAUGAUGCAGAACGGAAUGAACCUCAACCAGGCCGUGAGCGCGGUGAUGGCCGCGGAUAAGGAGGGAGCCGGCGGAAAGGGAGCAGCCGAGCCGCCCGAAGGCGAUGACGACGUCUUCCAAUCCGAGGAGGCGAUGGUCUACGCUGGAUACAAGCCCCAGAUUCCCAUCUUCUGCACCCAUCCAGCCAACAUCGUGGAAGCUGCGACACUGGCUUCGGCGCAGCCGCCGGAGCCGACAUAUAAGCCAAAACUGCCGCCGGCGUGCACCGAAAAGGGAGAAAAAUCUCUUUUGUCCACCCUCCAAUACGAAACCGUGGUGAUGGUGGGCCAACGGCACGAAAAGAUGCUACUGAACCAGACGCGCGCUGGCUACUUCUGCGGAGAUGGCACGGGCGUGGGCAAGGGACGCCAGAUCGCCGCGAUCAUCGCUGACAACUUUUUGAAGGGGAGGCGCAAGUCGGUUUGGUUCUCCGCCAGCAACGGUUUGGCCAAGGACGCCCGACGAGAUCUUGAUGAUGUGGGCUGUGGCAAAAAUGGGAACUACUACAUUCCGUUGUACACCAUGCCCCUGGACAUCACCCACACCAUCCCCGCUGAUUCGGACGGAGUCCUGUUCGUGACCUAUAGCAUGCUGGUGAGCAAGACCACCAGGAAAAAGAAGACCUACUCGCGGUUCAAUCAGCUCGUCAAGUGGUGCGGUCCCGACUUCGAAGGCUGCAUCGUCUUUGACGAGGGCCACUUCGCCAAGAAUUUGAAGGUGGGCAAGAGCCAGGGUUCGUCUCAGGCAGCGCUCAAGGUGUCAGAGCUGCAGGACACUCUGUCCCUCGCCAGGGUGGUGUACGUGUCGGCGACGGGUGCGACCGAGCCCAAGCACAUGGCCUACAUGACCCGACUGGGCUUGUGGGGUCCGGGCACGGCCUUUGCCGACUUCCGCGAUUUCCACAAACGCAUCGAUGAGGCAGGAGUGGCAGCCAUGGAGAUGGUGGCCAUGGAGAUGAAAGCUUUGGGCAUGUACUGCAGUCGACAUCUGUCCUACGAGGGCACAACGUUUGAUGUAAUCGAGCACUCCCUCACCGUCAAGGAAAAGGCGAUGUACAACGCGGCAGCCAGAUUCUGGCAAGACCUGGUGACCGACUUCCUCAACGCGCAUGCCGAAGCGGGACCGGUUAAGGGCAAGCGCACAAAUGCCAAGGCGCUUCUGUGGGGCGCUCACCAGCGCUUCUUCCUACAGAUGUGUCUGGCCGUCAAGGUGCAAGACUGCGUUAAGUUGGUCAAGGAAGCUCUAGACAAAGAUUGCGCUGUAGUCAUCGGCCUGUUUUCCACGGGCGAGAGUGUGAUGGACCAUCAGGCGGGCGAUGAGGUCGAUGAUAUUGACUCGGCGCCCAGUCUACUGCUAAAGCGACUACUCGAGGAGCGCUCAAAGCUCAUCAUGGGCUGCUGUCUGAACAGCUUCCCCACGACCAACAACUUGACGGGCAAGGAGAUGCCCAACUGGGUGGCCAAGAGAAAACACUACCUGAAGCGCCUGGAGGAGAUGGACCUGCCGGCCAACCCGCUCGACGACCUGAUCGACAGGCUAGGUGGUACGGACGAGCUCGCCGAAAUGACAGGGCGAAGCAAGCGAUUGGUGCGCGUGGGCGACCGGUUCGUCAUCGAGCGAAGGGAGUCUAAGGUGGACAACAUUGAAGAACGAAACCUGUUCAUGGAUGCAAAGAAGGACAUCGCCAUCGUGAGCGAGGCCGCUUCGAUCGGUAUCUCACUGCAGGCCGACAAGAGCUGCAAGAACCAGAAGCAGCGUGUACAUAUCGUGCUGCAGCUGCCAUGGGCCGCCGACAAGGCUGUGCAGCAGCUCGGCCGGACCCAUCGAUCGCACCAACGCACCGCGCCCUUUUACAAGCUCCUUAUCACCGAUCUGGGAGGAGAACGACGUCUGGCUUCGACAAUUGCCGGUCGCUUGGCUUCACUGGGCGCGCUGACCAGCGCCGACCGGCGGGCUGGUGCCGCCUCGCGCACGCUCUCCGUCUACCUGCUGCAGCCCAAAUAUGCACGCGAGGCGAUUUCUCGGCUGGCGACUGCCAUGUACGAUGCGGAGCGGAAGCUGGCUAUCGCGCAAACGCAUGGCCGUCCGCAGUACGCCGGACCCUCGGCAGCCGCUGGCACCGCUGCGCUGCCGCUCACCAACAACCCAACGGGCUUUCAGCCCGCUACCACGGCUGCCGCUGGCCGGGGUCCAGGGCGCUAUGGCCGCCCGCCCAUCCCUGGGACGUCGCAGUUUAGCAUCGCUUCGCCGACGGCUCCACCCCAGCCUGGGGAGUCUGCGCCCGCGCAGACUCAGGAGGCACAGCAGCAAGACAAACAAACUUGCCGACUGGCUGAGAUCAAGCCCAAGGCGGAAAGUCUGUCACUGGUCGAGGUUACAGGAACAAACGACAAAGUGAAGAACUUUCUCAAUCGGUUGUUGGGAUUGGAGGUGGAAGACCAGAUCCUCAUAUUCCAGCUCUUCACCAACUACUACGAAAUGGAGGGCCUAAUCGAGAUUGCGCAGGUGAAUGAGGCCAUCAAGGCUGGCACCUUCGACGACGGCGUGUUCGAUCUGCAGGGUCAGUUGGUGAAGAAGACCGUCGUGUACAUGGAUCCCAACAUCAACAUGCGGAAGAACGAGGAGAAGGACACCGGAACCUCAACCGCCACCGCUGAGGAGGAAGAACAGCAACAUCGACGCAAGCAACAGUUUACCGAACUCUUUGUAAUCGAGGUAGACCGCGGUCUCAAGUGGGACGACGCCCUGCGGUCCUACCAAGCCACCAUCGCAUCCGCACGCGAUCCGCGACAAUCCGAUACGGGUUUCUACACCAACGACAGGUCUGGGAACAUCGUGCUUGCGGUUCAGAAGGGCACCACCGCGUUCUUCCACAUCACCAGGCCGCAUUUGGGUCAUCAAAGAACUGCCAUCCCGCGAUCAGAUCUCCGAACGAACUACACGAAAGUCACUAACAUGCGGCGGGCCGAGAAGAUGUGGAUCGAGAAAUACAGCUCCACAAACGACGUGGGCCUGGGUAACCGGCUGCUACGCAAGAACAUUCUGGUCGGCUCUGUCCUGCCCACCUUCAAGGUCCUCCAGGAGGAACUGGAGAAAGGUGUGGCGAAGAAAAAGGACGCGCGGAUCCAGAUCGUGCGUGCCAUCGUGCACGCCAAACCUUCAACAGCGAAGGGAAAGGAGCGAGAGGAUGCCGACGCUGCUGCGCCGCAGCACAAGAUCGUCGGCAUCCUCAUCCCGCCGGGCAAGGAGCAUAACGUCAUCCGCAGUCUGCAACAGCACGAAAUUCAACGGCACUUGGAGAAUCGUAAGCAACGCUUGAUUCGGGGCCUCGCCAAGCUGACCCAACGCGAGCAGUGGCGGUUCGUUGGCGAUGUGGAGGAGAUCGCGGACCCCUUGUGCAUGCGAUACCUAGCGGGCGAUGACCUCAUCAACGCUGCGGCUGCGAAGAAGAAGCAAUCGGGGCCAUCAACGGCGAUUACGACGGAGCGCAUCACGCUGCGUGCUGUGCUGCAGCAGCUCAAGGAGUACGAUAAGCGGCGAAUGGCGCGCGAAAACGAGCUGAUCGAAGCCCUCAAGGCGGGAGCACCUGCCGCGAUCAAGGCCGACCCUGCCAAGCUCGACGCCCACGUCGCCGCGCUGCGGGCGCUUUGCCCUCGCACCUUCAUCAACUUUGUCAAUGGCACGGCCAACACGUCAGCCAGUCAGACAGCCUACAGCAUGUUGGUGACGCAGGUCGAGGAAGAACGGAAGAAGAAGCGAACAACCGAGGUAGCGGCGCUUGGCAGGGAGCUGGCACCGCACUACACCACAUUCGACCUGAUCUCCUACCUCACCGCGGCCAAUCCACUCGUGAUCAACUAUAUCGAAAACCGACUGGCGGUCAGCGUAGCCCACAACACUCCGUACCCGCUCGAAUGGUAUUCGGUGGUUCCGAAAACCGCGCAGGAGAUCGUCGACAAGAUUGUCGCCCUUAAGUGCGCCCAUCAGCAGAAGCAAGCGCGACAGAAGGUGUUUGUGGACCUGCUGGCCCAGAAGGCCGCGGAUCUGACGAGACAAUUUGCCAUCCUUGUCACCCCUGACGACAUUAAGGAGGCCGACCCUCAGACGCUGGUCCACUUCAACAACACGCCGACUGCCGACCCGGCUGACACCGUCCACGCCCUGGCCCGACAUCUCGAGACGCAAACUGCUCUUCUGGCAUGGUUGCAGAAGCAACUGCAAGCCAAAGGGCCACUGCCCCUUGCUGCCCUUGAGCAGUACUUCGUGCGUGACUACAGGCUCCCGUUCAGUCAGUACUACCCGCGCGGGUUGAUGACCUUCAUCGUCACCCACUCCAGAUCUCUCGCGAUGCGCCAAGGCCGCGUUUACUGGCUGAACUCACGCUGA